CAUUAAAGAGAAGAAAAAAAAGGAAGCGGCGCAAGUUAACAUAAUGAUGAACUCAGCGUAUCGAAGCCUUCACUUGACAGCGUCUCGUCUGAUAAACCCUAACCCCAUCUCCUCUUCCCUUCUCCAUUUUCUCCCUCUCUACUCCGUCAACGCUGGUUCUCAUCGUUCCACUCCUCUCCGCCGUAGAAACGCACUGACUCCUUUCUCCUCCUCUUCUUCUUCUUCUUUGUACGCUCCUAUGGCGGCAGGAGAUGACCAGGUUCAUUUGCUGGAGAAGCAGUUCGAGAGCUUCCGUGGUCAGCUCGAAGAGUCAGCAGCUUUGAGAGAGCAGAUUCGUGCUGUGGUUAUGGAGAUUGAGUCCGCCACCAGGCUCAUUCAAGCUAACCUCCUCCUCGUUCAUCAGUCUCGACCCAUUCCCGAGAUUAUCGAGAAAGCUAAGGAAAAGAUGGAUGAUUUGAGGAAGUUCUACGGUCGGCUUGCUGAGAUCCUUCAGAAAUGUCCUGGACAGUACUAUAGGUACCAUGGGGACUGGAGGAGUGAGACACAGGCAGUGGUCUCCCAGCUCGCUUUCAUGCACUGGCUAGAAACUGGAAGUCUCCUUGUGCAUACCGAAGCUGAAGCAAAACUUGGGUUGAACAGUUUGGAGUUUGGACUGGAGACGGAAGAUUAUCUGACUGGAAUAUGCUUCAUGUCAAACGAUUUGCCUAGGUACGUGGUGAACAGAGUAACAGCAGGUGACUAUGACUGUCCAAGAAAGGUGAUGAACUUCUUGACGGAUCUUCAUGCUGCCUUUCGCAUGCUCAAUCUCAGGAACGAUUUCCUUCGCAAGAAAUUCGACAGUAUGAAAUAUGACCUAAGAAGAGUGGAAGAAGUAUACUAUGAUGUCAAGAUCAGAGGUUUGAUUUCUGGUGGAGAUCCUCAUCCUCCUCCUCAAGUCCAAGACCAAUCCUAAAUUAGGAGUCUUUCACUCUCGUUUGCUCUUUGCAACUUUGUUUAGCUAAUCAUGAAACAGCAGGGAGUGUUUUUCUGUAAGACCCAAAACAGCAAAGAGUUUGUUUCUGUAAAACUAAAACGGCAAGGAAUAGGCAGAUCAUUUUGGUUUCUUGAAA